CCAUAGCAACACUGUCGGUGUUGGAAGGCUCAAUGUUGGUGCAGAUUUGCUAAAGGAGUUCAAUUUUGACAACGAAAAACAUCGAUAAAACAACUCCAUACAAUGUCGAACGAAGCUACAGYCCAUUCCACACAAGUAAAUGGAAACAACACCAAGACUGAGUCAGACUUUGAGAGAACCAAGCCAGGGAAAGAUUCAUCUCUAGCCAUAAAUAACCCAGGAAAUCCUGUAUUCUCAUGUUCUACAAAGAUAAACUCUGGAUUAGCUCCAGAAACAAAGCAAUCAACACAAGACCGUUUCCAGGGCUAUGGCUCCAAACCAACAAAYCCCAUGUAUAUGACAAGUGCAAUGGAAUAUGGAAGUCGAUCACCAACUGUCCAUACUAUGCCAACAAGUUUCCAUGCCAAGUGCCAAAAGUUUACAGAACACCUUGGCCAAUGUGGAAUGUACAGAAAUUAUUCACUUAACACAUCGUCUGAUAAAAGCAUUGUAUAGUCCCAAUUUCACCAAACAAAUAAAUUAAAUUUUGUAUAAAUUUUAGGAGUAGGAUCAGCAAAUUGUCAGAGUACUUUUUAGUUUUUUUGGGACAAUUGUUAUAUUAUUUCAAAUGUAAGUACAGGUAGUACUAUACAUAUCAAGCUAAGUUAGCUUAUAUUCCUCCAAUUGCAUACUGGCACUGGACUUUUUAGAGUCACAUGUAAAUAAUCCUCUUUGUUAAUUAAGAGUCAUUUCAGUAUCUUAUUUAAUAUUUUACAAUACUUUUGAAUUACAUUGUUUUAUUCUGCAAAUACAUGAUUGUAUUGUGACUGUAUUGUUCCAAGUAUAAYAUAAUGAUUAAAUUACCUAAAAGUGAAUGAUA